CAUUCUUAUUGGUUUAUUGACAAUAAUUUUUGUAUAUGUAGGAAAAAAUUGAGUUAGCUUUAAGCCAAAGCACCAUGGACGAGUCUCAAAUUUCGCGAAAUGAUGCCGUCGGCAAGGUGCUAGGAGAAGAGCACUCUGGAAGGGUGAGGUGCUUGGGAUUAGGACCUGUCCCCAAUAGAGUUUUUAAACAAGUAAGACCUCAUUUUGGUGGUACAAGUGCUUCAAGUAGUGAAGGUUCAUGCUCGUCCCAAUGUCAACAGAACCAUAAGCAAAUGAUGAAUGCUCAUGAUCAAAUGAUGAAUGCUUUCAAGGCAUAUAUGAUAAUGAAAGAAGGGACGAUACCAGAACAGUUUGCGGGGUUCUUUGCUUAUCCUUCAGCGGUUCCUCCUACAACGCCAAGUGAUGCGGCUAGUGGAUCCCUUUCGCCCAUGGAUGCAAGAAGAUCAUGCGGUGAUAGUAAUCCUAGUGACAACCGUUGAUUUCAUUGUAACUGUGUGGUAGGAACAGAUAUUAGAACGUUGAAGUGUGUAUUGUGUUUAAAUUUAGUUUUUGAGUCUGAUGAUGCUACUUAACAAUUUAGUUGCAAAACUAAUGAUAAU